UGAAAUGAAAUUUCAUUGGUUUCAUCAUACAAUUUUGGAUGACACUCGGGAAGAACACGUCAUUUAAAGAGUUUGCAUAUAAACAGCAACAAAGCAAUUCCUAUACCGCAGAUUAAAUUAACUCUUGGUAAAGAAAACAAACAAACAAACAAAGUUUUUGCACAGAUCGAAGUAAACCGUCCCAAAAAAAAAGUAUUAAAGAAUAAAAACAAAUUAUUACUAGUAGUGACUCAUCGUUGCCAGUUUAUUGUUUGUGUAAUAAAUUAAGAUUAAAACUAUUUGAAAUGGGUCUCUCAAUAUCGUAUUUACUCUCACGCUUCUUUCCCAAAGAAGAUAUGAGAAUUCUGAUGAUUGGACUGGAUGCAGCUGGGAAAACUACAAUUCUCUAUAAACUUAAAAUUGGCGAAGUUGUGACAACAAUUCCCACUAUUGGAUUCAAUGUAGAGACAGUUGAGUAUAAAAACUUUCGAUUUACUGUUUGGGAUGUCGGUGGUCAGACAACAAUUCGGCAGAUGUGGCGGCAUUACUUUCAAAACUCUGCUGCAGUCAUUUACGUUGUAGAUUCAUCAGAUAGACAACGAAUUGAUAGAGCAGAAUCAGAGUUGUCAGCAGUAUUGGAGAGCGAUGAGCUUAGAGAUGUGAAAGUGUUGGUACUGGCAAACAAACAAGAUUUACCAAACGCACUUACUCCGUCGGAGUUGGCUAACAAAAUGCAAAUGCACAAUCGAAAACAUGAGUGGUAUGUACAGGGAACAUGUGCCCAAACUGGAAGUGGACUCUAUGAAGGACUUGACUAUUUGCAUAAGAUGUUAUCGAAGAAAAAUUAAAAACACAAAAAUAAUAAUAAAUAAAAUUACAAAUAAAGAAUUGUCAGAAAAUGUA